AUGAGAGACAAUUUGAAAGGCAAGUCCGAAGAGUACCAGAAGCUGCUCCUGUCAGCGUCCAUAAGGAGAGAGGAGAAACAAAAUGAAGAAAACGUCGAGGCGAAAAGGAAACCCUGCGGAAGCAAUGACAGUAAUAAUUUUAUAAUAUACAUGGAAUUUAGGUUCGAAAAUUUAAUCCUUUCUAGGUAUCUCUUUGACAUUAGGGACGAGCUGGGGACGCCGAUCCGGAACAGCGUGCAGAUAACGAGGUUCAUCAUCAUGAGGAGCGAAAACCACAUCAUGGGGACGUGCGUGUCCAACAGAAUCAUCCUCUGCUACCGGAACGAUAAGGAGACGAUGACGAUACUGCGCAGGCUGAAAGAGGAGUUAAAAAGAAGCUAUUCCAUCUGUCUAACGGAGGAGAGUAACGGGGAGGGUAACGGGGAAAGUAACUGCAACGAGAUAGACAAGUGCCUCCUCUCCUACAUCAUCCAGUUUACCCUCGUGUGUAAAUACGUGGAAUGUGGGAAGUGGGUCCACAUAUGGGAUAAUAUGGACACCAUCAUAGAAUCAAAAUUUUGCGGAAAUAAUUCUACCAAAUAUUUUAACUGCAUAGGCUUUAAGUUCCACAUAUUAAAUACCAAUUAUAGGGUAGCUAGCCAAAAAAAAAACUCCAUACAUUUUGUGCAGAUGCAUUUAAAGGUUAUGUUAAGCAUGUAUAAGGUUCUUCCGUUAGUGGAGGAACACAUUUGCGAAAAUAUGUUUGUGUAUUGUCUCCCGCGCUGCUCCAUGAGGGCUACCGUCUUAGAGGUCGUAGACAUUUCUGACGCUAAAGUGGAGGAACGAAAUUUCAACUACAAGGAUUACUGGCUGAACGUACACGGGUAUGUGCUAAACCAAAAUGCUCUCAAAAAAAUUAUAAAGGUGAGACUCUAUAAAGGAAUAUUUAACUACCCACAAGGAGUCCUCCUAAGGGACAACAUAUACAGGUUAAACGUCGCAGUGAAGAAUGACCCUUUUUUUUACGUCUGCCAUUUUUUGAGCACUUUUGAGUUGCUAAAGAGGGCCCAGAUAAAGUUGCUUCGGUUUUCCGAAUGGGAUGAGGCGGGGACAAAUAUCUACGACGAGCUUGCCCUGCCCCAGAAUAGGAAAAGGGUAAAGAAGGAACUGGGGGGUGGCAAUGGGCCUGAUCAGGGGGAUGAUCAGGAUGACUGCGAACUCUCUGCGAAGCUGAAUCGAAUUUGUAGGCACCAAUUUGAGGGCGGAAAAUUCCCUCCACCAAUUUCGCCUCCGCAGCGGCAGCCCCAGUUGCAGCCACCGUCGCAACCGCCGACGAGUAAGGUGCAAAAACGGCACCACAAUCCGUACCAGCUGUAUGGGAACACGUUAACCACCUCGGGGGUGUCGAUCAAUUUGGAUUUUUCCCAAAACAAGAAAAGUGGCGGCAGGGAGGGGGGCUCCGCCAAGGGGGACUUGGACGCCUUCCUGAAGGACUCCGCGCUGGCCUACUACGCCAGAGAAGCCCACCUGCAGCAGCGUGAGCCGCCCCCCAAGCACGACUACUCUUCAAGAAACGCCAACCCCCGCGGCGCAGAUGACCUGGUGCAGAAAACCAAGCAGCAAGGCACCACCGUGGUGCGCACCACGGAUCACCCGAACAGUCAUGCAGAGAAGAAAGGGAUACAGCUGGGGGAGGCCUACACGGUGGGGAAGCCAAACCAAAGCAAUCAAAGCAGCCAAAGCAGCCGAAGCAACCAAUUGGACACAUACCUGCACAACGUUGCAAGGAGUUACCACUCCGUGGAGGGGAGCAAUCGCCACCAUCACGAUCUGCGCGACCACCGCGAACAUAGCGACCACCACCGCCACCACAUGGCAGAGGCUAACGUGUUCGCAAACGCAAACCCGCAAAUCAUCUUUUCCAAAGAUUUCGAGAACUUCCUGGACAACCUGGACGAGGCUGCGCUGUACCAGCCGGAGCCCCUCCCCCCAGUGGAUUUUGACCAUCGGGAGGGGAAGCGGCCCAACUUCCCCCUAACCAGCCCGCCACUCGGCCAAACGGAGGACCGCGCGAAGGUCAAGAAGAGGGGCAAAAUGACGUAG